GCCUCCUGGUGGCUUCCUCUUCCGUGACUCCAGCAGGCUUCCCAGACUUCUGGGGGAGACCAGAGAGGCUGGGAUUCCCGGAGGACAAGCCCGCCCCAGCACCCACCCAGAGCUGGCAGACAGAAGAGGAAAUUCCCCUGGAACCUGUUUCUCUGCUUCCCCGCCCAGCUGGGGCACCCACUGGAGGGAGAGGCCAGGCCAAAGCCCCGGCCACCAUGGCCUCAGCCCUAAGCCCACCCCGGGUCCCCAAAGCCAAGGGUGCUCUACCCUCACACUACUAUGAGAGCUUUCUGGAGAAGAAGGGACCUCAUGACCAGGAUUACAAGAAGUUCUGGGCGGGCCUGCAGGGCUGCACUCUCUAUUUCUAUAAUAGCAAUCGGGACUCGCAGCACGUGGAGAAGCUGGGCCUUGGAGCAUUUGUGAGGCUCAGCGAUGAGGUGCCCGGCGGAAGCCCCAGAGACCCCGGUAUCUAUUUCAACCUGGUCCUCUGGAACCAAGAGAUCAAGUUCAAGGUGGAGAGCCUGGAGUCUCGGGAGUUGUGGAAAGGCUUCAUCCUGACGGUGGUCGAGCUGCGUGUCCCGUCCAACCUGACCCUGCUGCCCGGACACCUGUACAUGAUGGCCGAGGCCCUGGCCAAAGAGGAGGCCCGCCGAGCGCUCGAGGUGCCCCCCUGCUUCCUGAGGGUGAGCCGGCUGGAGGCGCAGCUGCUCCUGGAGCGCUACCCCGAGUGCGGGAACCUGCUGCUGCGGCCCAGCAGCGACGGCGCAGACGACGUGUCGGUCACCACACGCCAGACGCUCCACGGGACGCCGGUGUUCCGGCAUUACAAGGUGAAGCGUGACGGCUCCAAAUACGUGAUCGACGUGGAGGAUCCGCUCUCGUGUGCCUCGCUGGAUGCGGUGGUCAACUAUUUCGUAUCGAACAGCAAUAGGAGGCUGGUGCCCUUCCGGCUGGACGAGGACUACGAGAAGGUGCUAGGCCACGUGGAGGCGGAUAAAGAGAACGGCGAGAGUGUGUGGGUGGCGAGCUCGGCCCCCGUGGCCCCAGGCCCAGGGCCUGCACCCGCCUCGGGUGGCCGCAAGCAGCUGCCUCCCGUGCCCAUCACACCUCCGCCAAGCCAGGACAAGCCACCCCUACUUCUGAACCAGAACGAGAACUACGUGAUCCCCAUUGCAGACGUCCCAGCUGCUGACUACAAGAAUGAGGAUGUGCCUUCCCCCAGCUGGCAGGUUGUCCCGAAGCCCAGGAAGCUGGCAAAGUCUCUAAAGCCGCCCAUCGCGCCCAAGCCAGAGCCCAAAGGUGUCAACAGUGGCCUGGCCAAGAAGCUGGCAGUCGGCUCAGUGCAGGCCUUAUUCCCCACAACAGGGUUGGCAGAUUUGACGGCAGAGCUGGAAGAGAAACUGCAGAGGAGGCGGGCGCUGGAGCACUAAGCUGGACGUGCUGGGGAUCAGUGAGCCGGUCUCGGGGUGUGCAAGUCAGCCAGACAGACAGCUCCUCCCAGAAUAAAAGCUCAAGUGACCUGA